AUGUCGUUCAUGUCACCCAUGCGUGCCACUGAAGGCUUCCCAGGGCAGACUGUCGAGUCCCCCGGCUACUCCGAUGAGGACGCGUUCGGCCACAACGACCCUCUCACGGCUGUCGAGCACACACUGAAGAGAGAGAGGAAGGCUUCCGGAUCCGAUGCUUCUAGCUGUUUUGGGACACCGACAGCAGAAAUUACUGCAUCACCGGAGUCCGUCACCUCCGCUGACUGCCUUUCCAUCACAGCACCUGAUACCGACUUGGGGAAGGCGAUGGACGUCGUGGUAAGUGGCCGCAACCGUCGACGCAACCGCCGCAAGCGCACUGCCGACGCUAUCCUCGGUGACGUUCUGCACGACGCGCUCCUUCUGCGUGACAUGGGCGAGAAGCCGACAGCCGACUUUGUGUAUAAGCGAACGCGGGAGCGCAUGUACGAGGCGGAGUAUGGUCACAAACCCCCAAGUGCAAAGGAGAACGCAGCGAAGUUCAUUCCUUUCCCACCUGAUUUUCACCUGCACCGUCUGCUGCCGCUCUUUGGGGAGAGCGGCAACGAUGCUGUCGAGUCUGCUCCGAUGGACUCAGCCUCUGGCGCGACUCGGCCGGUCACUUCUGCGCCGGUGUACACCAAGAACUUUAUGAACGCCUACGUGCUCAUGGCACCGGAUCCAUGGCCGGAGCGAGCCGUGACGCCGGACAACCCUGUGUGGACCCGCCGCGACGUGGUUGCAGACAAGGAAAAGACGGGCGGGCGAGGGCUUAGGGAGUGGGAGGAGCGCAUGUACGGCCCGCGCCCCGGCUACGACAUUCAUGGCGAGCUCCUCGAUGCCAUGGAUGAGCUGGGGCACUGGGAGGUGCAGCUGAUUCACUUCCUGCGCGUGGUGCCGCUGAGUCAGCGACGCAGUCUACCAUUCCUUCACGAAUGGUACCGUCUUUUGGUGCACCGCGUGAUUCGUGCCGAGCGCCGCUAUAUUCGCAUCCGUGACGCUGCUCUGGCAAAUACCAAAGUCUCCACAGCACUCUUCAAUCGCACGGAACAACCUAUCGAUGCCGUUCGGAGCUACUAUGCGGAGGCACACCGAUCCUUGGCUAGCGCCAACUACGACCCGCUGCGCAUGAAGAAGUCUGCCCUCGCACCGCUCAUGCGCAUGACGGACGAGGAGUUUGCCGAGUGGCAAGAGGUGCAGCGACAGCGUCGGAACUCGCUUGCGGCGGAGCUCGCCUAG